AUGGGAUAUCAAAACGGCUCGGUCGACUAUCGACUGCGCUACAAGGAUGGAGAAUAUCCAACAGGACUCGGGUUGCGUGAGCACCCACUCGUGAAGCUGUUUUAUAAACAUAAGGGAAGUUGCAUAGCAAUUCCUAUUUCAGAAAUCGCAGACCCUUACGUUCACGAGCAGUAUUACCGGUCCUUUUCAAUUGUAGAUACAAUUAAA